AUGUUUGAACUUCCUGACGCGAAGAGAGUCCGGCGACAAGACCUCGGGGAGUCGUCCGGCGACGAAGGAGCGGACCACGACGAGCAGCAGAAUGCGGACCUCCUAGCGAAGCUGCAUGCCCGUAUGGCGGGCAUGCUCGACCUAGGCGACGCCGACGCCGACCAGGCCCCGACAGAAAUGACCGAGCAACCAGCGACGGCGACGGAUGGAGAGACGGGCGGGAAUGGCGGUGGAGAAGACGAGCCCGAAGAGUUUGAGUUCCGGCUUUUCACCACAUCGAACCCGGCGACAAAGAUUGCGCUGGUCGACGAGGACGAGCGCGCGAUGGCGGGCGACGGAGCCAUGAUCCGCAAGAGGCCGCUGUCGUACUACAUCGCCGGGGAGCCGACGCCCGAAGUGAAAGCGGAACUCGCGUUCGCGGCGGUGUCGGGCGAGGAGGUUCUCGAGAGGGCGCAGAGGCGGUGGUGGGGUAUGGAGCAGCCUUGGCGGGUGACGACGAUUCCUGGGAUCACGGUGUCGUCAAAAGGGACAGCGGGAACAGCAGCAGGAGACGUUGGAGAAACAAAAGAGGAGGCCGACGCCGCGGCGGCGAGGAGGAGGCGGCCUGGGAAGAAGAAGCGUCUUGCGAUACGGGUCAAGCAGCGGGAGAGGGUGAAGAAGGCGGAGGAGCUGGAGAAGUUCAAGGCGGGUAGCCAGAUCGACAUGAGCGUGCUCUUUCAGACGUUUUCCGCUGCAGAAGAGAAAUCAGCCGAGCCUAUUCGAAAGAGCAUGAUGGCAAUGUAG